CAGGCUACACCACGGCAGCAACGAGCCACACACCGCCCGCACCCGCCACCGGCCACACAGACACCGACGACGAUGACGGCCGGCCAGCCGCUCCGCACCGAGCCAGCCCAGCCCCAGCGCAUGCGCCACAGCAGCCCGCCGGCGCUCCACGCGGCCGUCGUACCGUCGUACCCGCCCCCGGAGUCGGACGACAACGAGUCAUGGGUCUGGUCCCAGAUCAAGGCCGAGGCGCGCCGCGACGCCGACGCCGAGCCGGCGCUGGCAUCCUUCCUCUACGCCACCGUGUUGUCCCACCCUUCCCUCGACCGCUCCCUCGCCUUCCACCUCGCCAACAAGCUCUGCUCCUCCACCCUCCUCUCCACGCUCCUCUACGACCUCUUCGUCGCCUCGCUCGCCACGCACCCGUCCCUCCGCGCGGCCGCCGUCGCCGACCUCUUAGCCGUGCGGUCCCGGGACCCCGCGUGCGCCGGGUUCGCGCACUGCCUCCUCAACUACAAGGGCUUCCUCGCCGUGCAGGCGCACCGCGUCGCGCACGUGCUGUGGGCGCAGAGCCGACGCGCCCUGGCGCUCGCGCUCCAGUCCCGCGUCGCGGAGGUCUUCGCCGUCGACAUCCACCCGGCCGCCGCCAUCGGCAAGGGUAUCCUCCUCGACCACGCCACGGGCGUCGUCAUCGGCGAGACCGCCGUCGUGGGCGACAACGUCUCCAUCCUCCACCACGUGACGCUGGGCGGGACCGGGAAGGCGGUGGGCGACCGGCACCCCAAGAUCGGCGACGGCGUGCUCAUCGGCGCCGGCGCGACCAUCCUUGGCAACGUGAUGAUCGGCGCCGGCGCGAAGAUCGGCGCCGGGUCGGUGGUGCUCAUCGACGUGCCGCCCAGGAGCACCGCGGUGGGGAACCCCGCGAGGCUGAUCGGCGGGAAGAAGGGCGAGCACAUGAUGCCGGGGGAGUCCAUGGACCACACCUCUUUCAUACAGCAGUGGUCGGACUACACCAUCUGAACCACUACACCUCCUUGUACGGAUUACAUCGUCCUGUACAACACUGUCGUGCUCGUCUCCAGGCAGAUGCACUGAAGCUCACUCUGUAAUUUUGGAAGCUGUUGAUGAGUACAAAUUUUACUCGAUCGAAUUGGCGUC